CGGUGUGUGUGUGUGGUUCGUCGCUGAGUCGCUUCAGCACCAUGGUCAGCGAUAGGCUCCUGCUUGCUGUCUACUUUUGCGUCUUGUUCUCCAUGGCUGUUAGAGCAGAGAACUCGGACCUGGAGCCAAGAGCCCUGCGAGCCUUCUACUCCAAAAACUAUUAUCCCGGCAGCGAGAAGGAACUGCUCGGAGCUCUACACGAGGUGCUGAAGAAACUGCAGACUAAACGGCUUCCAACCUGGGAGAAGAAGUAUGGACAGGGGCCUCAGUGUAACAUCGGAGACAUGUGUGCAGUGAGAAAAGGACCCAGGAUUUGGAGGACCUGUAACUGCCUGAGUUCGAAAUGCAAUUACUUUCUGUUUAAAUGUGUAUAGAGAUCGGACAAAAUCAUUUCUAUUUUCAUCGGCUAAAUGAAGAGAGUUUAAAGAUCUGGUGGAUAUAUUAUAAAUAAACCAAGA